GGCGAGGGGUUGUCGUUGUCAGUCGCUAAGUCGCUAACGACGUUUGGUCGGCGGACUCGGUCGCUCAGUCUUUCUCUUACUUCCACUUGUUCACUAUCUUCUUCUCUCUCUCCUUUCCCUCUCUCUAUAUAUUUCUCUCUCUUUCUGACACACACCCAUACACGCAUCAUCGUCCUUUGUCCCUAGAGUCCCUUUGCUCGCGCAGUGAGAGUUUCGUUCGCGUUUUAAUCAUGCUACGGAGAUACUCUUGCUCCCUGUUGAGAAAGUCUUCGGGCUUGGUGUAAAAGGAAAGGAUAAGAAAAUAGGAGAAGCAGAAAAUAGCUGUUCGUUAUCAUUCUGUCAGUUUCAAAGAACGCAUAUUAUUGUUCGUCGUCGAUAAGAAGAGUGUGAUACAAAAAUGGCGCAACAGGAUAAUGGCCCUUGCUGGGACAGUCUACCCAGUGUUAUAAUGCUCGAAAUUUUUUCAUAUCUGCCACACCAAGACAGACUCAAAGCAUCUGUGGUAUGCAAAAAUUGGAGACAAGCAUUAUUCCAUCCGAGUUUCUGGAAAGAAAUCACAUUCGCGUUCGAACAUCGCGAGGGAGUAACCUGGACGCGAUACCUAGCCGAGUGUUUUGCCCUGAGCGUUCAGAACGCCACGGUGCGAUGUUGGACACCACAAAGAACUUCGGACUUCGACAGGUUACUCAAGCGUUUUCGGGGAAAUCGGAAUCUACGAAGGUUAAUCAUGGAACCCACUUCCUCCAGUCUUGAAUGGCAGACGAAUGCUCCUGAAGAUGGUGACCUGUCGGAGCGCUGGGUUCGUCCGAUAUUGGAUUCAUUGGUGAAAAUAAUCAAUACAUCGAAACACUUGGAAGCUUUGACACUGGGUUGCUUCGAAGAACUAACAGCGAGAUCGGGUGAAAUCGUGUCUGCGUUGUGCAGCAAUGGACACGAGAGAUUCAUAACGCAUCUUGGUCUUGCUUCAGUGAAGGAUGAUCCUGAGGAUUACGAAUGUGCAAUUAUCGAUCCACCAACACUCCGCUCUUUCGAUAGGCUCACAGUGCUCACGAUAGACUACGAUAAUCUCAGUGAUUCCUUGCUCGGAGCUCUCGCUUAUGGGGUACUGAGGAGACUCGUCGUUCACGUACACAGCUGGAACAAAAGUCUACCAGGCACUACGAAUACAGCGUGGCAAACUUUCACCCAAAAGAAUCCACAGUGCACACUACGAUUGAAUCUGCUUCAUGCCUACGUCGCAGUGGACGUUUUGGACACGGAAAUUUUGCGUCCUGCGAUGCCGCUAACACGCUUCAAAGCUCUCUUCUGCGAAAGUGUGAACGUCAAAGCUCUUCUACGGAUGUCGAUCUGGUACAUCCGCACAUUGAAAUCCAUCGCGUGGAUCGACUCCAUGAGCGCUGAUGAAGUCGUCCCCCCAACCCACGAUUCUUCGGUGGCUGAUAGCCCGGAUGCUCUAGUUCUAAUUGCGUGGAAGUGUACGUGUUUUCGUGAGCUCAUCUACAUUGGCCACAAAUAUUAUCCAGAAAAUAUGCUGGCGAUAGCUCGGCUUCGAGGGAAAACGCUGCAAAAAUUCGAGUUUGCUGAGAGUGAUAUAAUUUACGACAAAGAUUCGCCGUACGGGUCGAAAAAUAUUCGAAAAGAGCUGAAAUGGAUCUUCGGGGACGAAUGGAAAACAUUGGCGGACGACGAGCUCGCGACAGUGAUAACCGAUGCUAUACGAGGAGACAGCAGAGACGUGAUAAUGCCACUCGUAUUGCAGGAUGCGAAGUAACGUUCCCAACGUUUGUUUUGCCAUUCAAAGCGUGAUACCGGACACCACAAACCAUCCAGGCAUGCAGAGAAAAAACAAAGCACGAGCAGACUCGACAAGGAGACGCGUAACAUGAAUCACCGGACUAGGGAGAGAUUAAGAAGAAAAGAAAAAUCGAUGCAACGAGAACGAGUUGUACACGACGUAUGAAGGGAUACAACUUUUGGGAAAUCAUCGAGUUUUCCAUGCGAGGCCACAAAACGAAAGAAAGAGAGAGAGAAAGAAACAGAACAAUGGAACUGAUAAAAAUUGGAAGAGGGGAAGGAAGAAAAAACAAUUCGACGACGACGAAAUUGAAAGACUGACAAAGAUAUUUCGUCCUCAGUUCAUUUAUCCGGGUCGUUCGUCGCGCGAUCAUUUUCUUCCCCUCGAUUAGUCUCUCAUCUGGUAAACAGUUUACUAGUCGAAUGGGCGUUGCGUCAAAUGCAUUUAUUUGUAAUAUCCGACAAACGAGCUCGUUAUGCGCAGGUUACCAUGACGAAAAUGGCCGGACCGUAUGCACUCUGUCCACAGCAACCAAGAUUCCAUUGUGCGACGUAAGAAAAGAAAGAAUGAAAAUAUAAUUGAUAUAAAGGAAAUAUCGAUCGAAAGCAGCUCACCGAGGCUUUUUAUUUGACGAGAUCCCGACGAAUUCCGCGUUCAAAUAAACAAAAUAAAAUGGAGAACGUAUAUUAACGAAAGAACGAGAUCUCCGGGCGAGAGAAUUCUCCAAGGACUGAAAACCGCAAAAAUAUUUUCAUUCGUUGAAUAUUUUUAGAUAAUCGAAAAUCGAUAAGCUCGAAUGAAAUGUGGAGAAAUGAAAUCCGGAUUAAUCUUCCAUCGUGUCGAAGAGCGGACAAAAUGAUUGAGAUUCCAGAAUUAAUAUAUAUGGAUGUAUAUAUAUAUAGCAAGCAGGGAGAGAGAGACAAAGAGAUACGAUAAUGGAGCGGUACAAUAUUCCAACGACAAAGGAAAUAAAUUAAGAACGAAGGAGGAAGAGAAUACUUGCCUAGUUCAGCAACGAGGUUGACGAAAUAGAGGAGGGAAUGUGAUCGCGCUGCUUCCACACUUUCAAGAGAGACUACGAGAAUUAUGAAGCAAAACUGUUGAAACAAAUUGUUACGAAGAGCCUUCACAGCUUUCCGUACAGCAGUGAUGACGAGAUCGAAUGAUAGAGAGAGAGAGAGACAGAUAAUGUUCGAGUACGUGAUUCGAAUCGAUCGGGAAUAUUGACAAGAAAACAAAAAUAUCGUAGAACAUUUACGAGCGUGUAGAAGCUGUAAAACAAACAAAACUCCUCAACUAUUGAAAAAUCGAAGUUUAGUUUAGUGAGAUAUACGACGAAGAAGUUAUAAAAUCGCGACUCAAGACACGAAGUAAAAAAAGCCUAAAGCGGAGAGCGAAUAUCGGUUGACAAGAGAAGGAAGAAGAGGACGAUUACAUUGCAGAGCUCGUAAGUAACAUGCAACACGUAGAUCGCGACAGGAAAAACAGAAAGGAGAAAGCGAAAGAAGCGAAUAAAUAGCUGUUUAGCGUACCGAGGUUAUUUUUAAUACGAGAACCAAUCGGGCCGCACAUCGUCGUUGUUUUUUUUUCUUUUUCUUUUUUUUUUAAUUUUUAUUUCUCAACUGAAGAUAAAACGUAUUUCGCCAAUACUGCGGCUUUGUUCAUUGAGAACAAGAAAACCGCUCUGUGUGAUAGGGGCUCAGAGUUUCUCACCCCGGGGGAUGUCGCGAACGAGAAUUUAACAAUACCCCCGGCAAAUGAUUCCCUUUCUCUGCUCCCCCUGUAUUUAUUAAAUCGAGUUGUAGCGGAGGCAAGAUUAACGCGAAUUAUCCGUUGCUUCACAUCUUCCAAAAUCGUAUUUAAUGUGGGAAAGAAAAUAAUCUUAUGGAAAAACAGUGUCUUUUUAUAGGGAGUUAUCAAACAUUUUCGUUUUCUUUUUUUUUUUAAUGAAUUACGGUGUAUCGCUGAUGUUAAAAAAAAACCAAAGGAUUCUUAAUAAUUGCGUAAACGAAAUUGUAAACGACUGUUACAACGCAACGAUACCGCAGUAUUUUUCAACUCGGCAUCUCAUCGACAGCUCCGAUGAAUGGUUGAAAAGCAUUGAUGUUCUCGGAGUUGAAGGUCAGCGACAUCACUGAUGAUGAACUAUUGAAUAUUUGACAAGUUAAAUUGGCGAAUUUUCGUCGAACUAGUGACAACGAAACAGCAAAAUGAGUAAACUGUUUCUAUCGAGAACCAAAGAAAAAAGCGAAUAAUCACUGAAGAUAUAAAAAGGUCAGAUGGUUGGUAACUCUCGUUUAAAAGCACUGUUUAAGCAAUCAACGAUAUUCCUCAUCGAAGGAACUAAAAAAAAGAAAUUUUGGGGGGGAGGGAAAUAUGAACAUUAGAUAAGAUCUUGUCGAGAGAUUGUUUUGCAGUUUAAUAAUCGUGCAGAAUAAUUUAAAUUUUUCAAAGUAAUCCAAUUUAUCCAUGUAAUGUUAUUGAUUAGUCAGGGAGACGCGUGUAGAUGAAAAAAAAAAACAAACAAACAACAAAAGGAAUCAAGAAAUCAUCCCAACUUUAAUACAUAAAAUACCUGCGUCACUGUUAUUGCAAUUUUUUCUUGACGAAUUUUCAAUAAAUUCGCAAAACAGUCGACCAUCUGUACAGAAGAAAGAAAAACACUUAGAAAAGCCAGUUGACUGUUAGAUAUUUAAACGAAGAACAAACUAAUUUUGACGACUACAUUGUCACGAUAUCUCAACGCACAGGAAUGCACCCCUAAGCUUUGUGAACGGUUUUUUCCGAGGAUACAAGUAUGCGGGACAGACGAUCUCGCACGAGGAAACCGAAACAAAAUUAAUUUUUUAUUUUUCUCUACUUUUUGGAUCGUCAAGAUUUCACGGUUUUCUUUAUUUUCAUCAAGCCUUUUACCUGUCAUUCAUUUUUUGGCUGUUUUCUCUCGGCACAAUAUCGAUCUCGUUUCGUCGAAUGCACGUUACACAGAAAAUGAAUCAAUCAUUUUUGUUAGUCGUUUUCAAUUGUGACGAAACGAGGAUGCGGAGUGCAAGGUUUUUGAAUAACCAAGGUGAACGCACAAUUUUACACGGUUCACCAGCUCAUGGAGAAUUUUAAUUGAACAAGCAAAUGAUAUGAAAAAUAUUCACACAAAGUGAUGAUGAUCCAGUUGAUAAAACUUGUCUAUUUCAAUCAAAAUCAUUCAAUUUAUUAAAAUUCAUGUUUAGUCAUUGUUGAUUUCCAUUAAUUGAUUUAUAAUUCCGUAAAUGCUGUCAAAUUUAUUUCAUUUUCAAUUUCCUCAGUGGAAUUGCCCUAAUUUUCGUAACGCCGGAAACGUAAAUUGGGUCCUUCUAGCAGGGGGGAAAAUAACGAAUUUCUUAGUAUUUCGAUGAUGCUAAUAUUAGCCUCAGAAAUUCUAGGUUACGUUUUCGGCUACAGAGUAUAGGAAAAGUGUAGGGAUACUAACAUCAUAAAAAAAAAUUAACUUAACCCGACGUGUGUACACUAUAUUUUUCGGUGCACUGUGUGUAUACUGGGUUCUUUAGGGAACAGUCGAGUUUACAAGGUUUUGUAGGCUUCCAAAAAAUCUGGAAAAAUUCUGGGUUAUUUAUUGAAGUGUCUACUACAUGGCCCAGCAGCUACACCUAACUCAAAAGUUCAAAACCGUUGUUAAUAAAAAUGAAACAUUCGUCUAAAAAGUGGGAAGAACGGAAUUUUGUUAACAAAUUCGUAACUCUAAAAUAAACAAAUAUUUAAGAAAACGGUUCUAGGCUUUUGUAGCUUAGACUAUGAGCUUUCAAAAGAAUGUAGCGUUUUUUUGUUUGGGUUCCAAAAAUUUGAAUUAUUUGAGCACCUGAAAAUGGGGAAUAUUUUAUGGAUUCACGCAUGUCAUAAAAUAAACGAAAAGGUAAUUUUACGAUAGAAAAAUGAUUUUUUAUUAUUCAAAAUACCAAGGAAUGAUAUAUUAAAGAUAAUCGAAAUCGUGGUCCUCGUUGCAAUCUUGUUCGCUGGGUAUGUUGUCGUGAAUCUCUUCUCCGUCGGGUUCAUUCUCACUUUCCUGAUCGUAAAAUACUUGAGAACGACGGUCGCGUAAGCUGUACAUUAUCUGGGAUGAGCUCCUUUCACCCAUUUUGAAAAACUGCUAGAAAGAAUGGAAAAACAACCGAUUGAUACGCCAAAAAUACAAAAAAAGUUUUUUUAUCGAGGUUAAAGUUCGUAAAAAAAAGCCGCAACAGCAACAAAUACAUGCAACAUUCAUUUCAGUAUAACAAAAAAAAACUGAAAAACUACGAAAACGAAAAAUACAACACCAUCCACUUACCUUUGAAAAUACUGACGCGGUGUGUACACUGACCCUUUCAGGGAACGGCAGCGACUUACACUCACUAGCGUUUCUAGGUAAACUGCCGAAAAACCCGAGGUCCCUUAAGCAUUUAGUCCCUACUACUAUCUAGAUUUUUUAGGGGGGGUAACCGGAGCCUGCCUUCUAUCGGCAAGAAAGAAUUUUGAGUUCGAAAUUUCGACUGUUCCUUUAAUACACACGCCGGGUUAAUUACCUUGGGAAAAAAUGUUUGUCUGAAUUUUGACUUGGAAGGUGCGAGAAGCCUUGACACGAUUUGAAUUUGAAGAAUACAUUGGAAUAACGAAUACAUCUGUAGACUAAAGUAGGAUUCUCUUGUAACAAAAACUUGAAACGCAGAGGCAAUGAAAACGCUGUAAAUUUAUUCGAAGAGCGUUAUAAAAGAUAUAAAAAAGGGUCAAAGGCGAGGAACCACAAAUUGUAAUGACUAAAAACACUGUUCCUAAAAUCUCAUUCCGUGUGCGAAUGAAGUUUAAAUAAUGACGUCAAAACCGGUGGAACGACGGUCGGAAAACGCGCGUGAAUAAGAGUGAGUGGGUGAAAACAUUUUAUUUUAUUUUCCGUAGAGAUUUCGGGUUAUCGGGGUAAUAUUACAAGGCAUCCACGCUUAGUUUUUAGAGUCGAUAGUUAAAUUAACGUGCGAACGGACGAAGGCAUAGAGAGUCUCGGUGGCCGAAGAAAUGUCUGUUAUUAUCGUUGCACUCAAUUUGUCGAGGGACGUGAACAUUUUUUUCAGUUCUGCAGUUAACAUAACCUUAGUUCUAUGAAUUUUGGUCUUUAUUUCGUUCGUAGCUCCUGUGAUACUGUGCAAUAUUAUCAUUUCUCAAAGACACAUUGAUCUAAUGUUCACGACCAAGAAAAGAACUAGCGAGGUCCCGCUGACCUAAUACGAAUGUUAGAGCAUGGCCAGUUUUGCGAAGGAACGAAAACAAAAAAGCAAUAUGUCGCAUUGGACGCGACGACACGCGCGCCGCCACAGCGAAAUAGUUUCUUCUGUUUAAUUUCGCAUUCGUUGCAAAGUUCACGAGAGAGCCCUUAGCAUUUAACCAUCAUAAUUGUUUUAUAAAACGUUGUUCACGGUAUAGUUUUCAUACGAUUUUACGAUUCCAGCAAAUAUCUCAUGAAAAAUUCUCGACAAUCGGUCGAAACGUGUUAGUGAGACUCGCCAUAUUUUGUGUUUGAACAUCGUAGGCGCUUCCUCGUCCUUGUAUCCCCGUUAAAAAGUUGAAAAUAAUAAAUUUGUAAAAAGUUUCGCGAGAAAGGAGAUAGUGCGUGACAACGACGAAGAACGAAUAUAGCGAUAGAACCGACAGAGCCCCCUCGAUGACUGAUAAAAAAAACGAACAAACAAACGACGUUCCCAUGCGACGAGAAAGAGUUGAUAACUGAAGAAAAAAAAACAUACUAUGAACCUGUCAACAAUCAAAAUGACAUACCACAAUGUUAAGAAAAAACGAUUAAUAUCAAACGAGCGUCGUAGCACUAAACAAUGAAAUACAAAGAAUAAAAAACGAUAAGAACGCCGGGCGAUUAAUAAAGAAUGAUAAAUAUUAAAACAACACGAGGCAGGGAGCGAAAGAGAAAGAACGUGUGAGAGAGAGAAAGAAAGACAAAAGCCGAUGAUUGCUGGAAAGCUCUAAGAUCUAUUUUUUAAGCAAAGAAGCAAAAACAAAAAAGAGAGGCGAAAAAAUAAAGCGAUCGUAUAUUUUUUUACUAAGGCAGGCCUUAGUGUACGACGAGCGAGAGAGCCCCCUCACAAACCGCGUAUUAUUAAUCGAAACUAGCAAGAGAUGGGCCCCGGGAAUAAAAACAAACAAACUGUGAUGUGUCUGUCGUUGUUAGUGCAGAUUUUCAAGGGGUUCGGGUUGCCUGGAUCGAUCUGAUAAUCGGUGAGACAUCAAUUUUCCAAGAAUCAAAUCGUUUCGUAAUCGAGAAAUACAUCGCGCUCCGAUUAAAUGGGAAGCUUCGAAUUUUAUAAACUUCUUUAUUUUUUCUUUUGUACCGUAACAAAUUCGUGCGCCGAACGCCUUGAAGAUUGAGAUAAAAAUAAAAAAGGAGAGAGCUCGGUUGUAGCAACGAUGACGAAGAUAUAAGAAAAAAAAAUCAUUAAAGUGGAUUGAUGUUAGAGAUCCAUAGAAGGGCAUAUUUAUAACAUAGAAAACAAAAAGGUACCGUAAUUAUCUGGUGCACCAUACGCAUAUAAAUUGUACUGUACGAUCGAGUGAAAGAGAGAGAGAGAAAGAGAGCGAACGAACUCGGGCUAAAAAUUAAACAAGAAUUAAAAACGAGCGUGUGUGCGUGUGUGCGGAAACGCUACGAGGGGAGAGGAUCGAAGCGAACGAAACAUCUGUGAUACCAAAAUAAUAAAAUCUUUAGAGGGAUACGCGCAAAUAAACAGAGAUUUGAGGAGGGGAGGAAACAAAAUUGUAGCCAUGUGGGAAAAACUAGAGAAACGAAAAAAAAAAAACAAACGAACCAAGCGCGCGCGUUUGUGUCUGAGAAGAAAAGGCUGUUUUCUGUGCAUUGAGCCAGUCCAUUCAAAAUAUUGAAAAAAAAAAUAAAUUUAAAAAAUAAUAAAAACAUAAAUUAAAACAAAAAAGUAACAAAAAACAAAGAAAAUGCAAGGUUGUUAGAGGUUAACUUAAAAAUACUUACUAAACAUUAAUAAUACGAUUCAUUGAUGCAAAUACGAAGAAAAUUUGAACAGAUGAAGAAAAACAAAUGAAAAAAAAAAAAAAAACAAUUUACCUGAAAACUCUUCUAGCGAUCGCCUCUUUCAUAAGUCAUUGUACUAUACAUGCUAAUAAUUGUAAUAACUAUAUUUCCAACGAUCCGUGUGCGUUUGUAUGUGUGAUUUGAGCGUGUAUUUGAACAAACAAAAACGAAAUCACAAUCGUUUGAUGACGACUAACGAUCCAAACGAAGGAACCCAGAGGACUUUCGGUUCGACAGGUUAUACGUUUAAAUAGCUAUCUUGCUGGGUCUGCCGAAUUAUUAUGAUUUCCCCCGCAGACCACUAGUCUCGUCAUUCCAAUAAAUAAAGACUCGAUAUCGGACUGUCGAACCGAGAAUCUCUGCUGCGAAGUCGCGUGGAUAAAACACAACUUGAAGCCCAAACAAUAGAAAGCAACGGAGCAGCAGAAAACGGUAGGAACAAAUCUUCCUCGACGAAUGAAAAUUCUUUUAAUUUAUCCUCUCAACUGUUUUAUGCCAUCUCGAUUAUUAUUUUCUGCAAUAAUUAUCUAAGAAAAAAAAGAUUUCAGCAUGUAAUAGGGGAAAGAAAAUCACUGAGGCACAAGUUUUUCCGUUGUUGCGGAAUUCGAAAACGUCAAAAAUAAUCCACUAAGCGACAUCACGAACAGUAUUAUAAGUUCCUAUACAAGCAAGAUGAAAAAUCGAUUUUCCGUUUUUUACACAAAUUUUGAACACACAAUUUUGUGCUCUACGUGCGAGUGCGUAUGCGUAUUGUAUGAGAAAAGAAAAAAAAUUGAAUUAAACAUUGCGAUAGGUAAAACUGCACGGAACACAAUUAUUGUACCAAAAUGUAUACACACAAAAACAAAGAGAAGCGAGAAGGAGAAGAUAGAAAGAGGACAAUGGACAUUUCUAACCCCACUUUACGAGCGUCAGGUCAUUCCAGUUUUGAUGAGUCGAGCGGACGUAUGACGAUCGAUUUCAAGAGAAAAGUCACAAAAACACAAUAUCAUCGUUUAUUUUUAGUUGGUAUUAUCCUUAUUCUUAUGUAUAUUAUUGUUAGUACAGUUUUACUCUUAUUAUUAUCACUAUUAUUGUCAGACAUUUGUUGUUUUAUCAAAGAGGAAGACGAACGUGGACAAUCGAAAAAAUUGAUCGCGCCCUUCAAAAUGUCGCACAACUCUUCACAAUAUAGUAUAUACAAUCAGAUUUACUUUUGUCUUUAUUCGUUUUAGAAACGAUGAGCCGUGGGUUAGAGUGAAGUGCAUCGCGAAUACUGUUCGAGUGACGUUGCAUGACGCGAUCAAUCGCGAUGAAAAAUUUUGCCGUUAUAUGUACUCUCAUAAAAAAUAUUCGGCGACGACGAGAAUUCUCACUUUUCACACCUUUAUUCUUCCUCCGUCGUUUUAUCCGUUUCGUAUUUUUUGACACAUGUGGCAAAAAUAAUAAUCACGGUCCGGAUACUUGAUUCUACACUUUUGACAAAACAUUCUCGAUGUCGUUGUCGAAAAAUCAUCAUUUUUUUCGAAGCGCAGUAACCUGAGAAAUUAUACGCAGCGCGAACACACAUAAUAUUGUACACACUGUGUUGAUGAAAAGUGUAGGAAUAACAAAAUAUGCCACGAUCUGCAGGCGGACCGCGGUUACAGCCCGCACAAUCGCUAAAUUUCAAAGCGUCGACCAUCCAAAAAGAAUGAAAAAAAAAAUAACGAUCUAGCAAAAUAUAUUAUUAUAUACACAAAAAUUUUAGUAUAUAUCAAAAUAUAUGAUAUAUUAUACGUUGAUAUAUGUCACGUCCUGGUUACAGGGAUGAAGCGUGUUCUCUACUGUAUACAAUAAUGUCGCGUCCUCUGUCGCGUUUAGAUGUUUCUUUUUCUAUCUUUCAUUUUGUCUAUCGCCACGCGCCAUCCGAUGUAUGGGCGGAGCUCGCAGUAACCAAACUGGCCGACAAAGUUUCGUAGCGUUAAAAAAUAUAGAGGUUAUAAAAAUGCAGCUAAAUACAACUUGUAUUAGUCGAUUUGAGAAAAAAACUUGAGCAGCCGUCGAAUCAUCCAAUUUUCCGUUUUGUUGCGUUCCGUUGCAGUAGCGCUGUGUUUGUUUCGAGUCAAAAGUCAACUUUUCAACGGCCACUUUGAGGAACGAUCGCAGCACCAUCAUCUAAAAUUCGUUUUUUCUUUUUUCUUUUAACCUUUCGAUCGACGAACUUUUGUCCGAAAAUUCUACGCAAAUGUAGUACACGUAACCGUAACAAUUUUUCGACCUAAAUAUAGAAUACAAAAGUGAAUAUUCGUCACUGGUGUUUAUUGUCGUUAAAUUGUUCGCUCGUAAUUACGUGUUUAGAUUAUAUUCGAUUAACGAUACGUCUGGUGGGUCGUUCGUUGGGCAAAAUCAUCGUCGUGACCUUGCAAUGACCAUUUUCCAAUAAAUUAUACGCAUAAGAUGAAUCGAAUUACAAAAGGGUUAGACAAUUAAAACGCAUUGUCUAUCGCAUUACUGAACUUGUCGGUGAAAAUUGAAUAAAAAUAAAUGGAAAGAAAAAAGAGAUUAUAACGAAACAUGUGAGAUCUACAUUAUGUUUAUUCCAACGUGAACUUCAGUGUAUACUUCUACAACGGUUAUUGAAAACAUGCGGAUCCAUCAGUGUAUUCUGUCAUAAACAAAAUCAACCAAUAAAUAUAAUUCGUGUGUGGCAAAAGUGAAAAUAAACUUGA